GUCUCCGUGUAGCGACCCCUGACGGGCAAUAGUAAACAAAGGUGAUUCUGGCAAAAAGUAGUCUCAGAAGAAUACGAGGACAUUUACAAAUCUCAGUUUCAGCGUCACAUCACGCCAUAUUCUGACUUCAUAAAGAAUUUUAGCAUCAAAUACGACGUGUAAAACUGUUGUGCAUGAAAGAGAUUUCCAGGAAGAAUCCUGUCCAGUCCGCGCAAAAGCACGGUUGGUUUUUAACAGCAGAAUAUAUUAAAUGGAAGAUACGCUCUUUUCGGAAAUUUCCUUUUCCGUUUAACGGGUCCUUGACUGACAAUGGGUGAAGAACAGCUCAGUGAGACAACGACAGUGACAGCAUUUAGUAUAGUAGACUCCUCGCGCCUCUCAACCUUCGUCAUUUCAAUCCUGCUGAUUGUGUAUGGCAGCUUCAGAUCACUAAAUCUUGAGAGGGAGAAUAAAGAGAAGGAAAAAGAAAAGGAGAAAGCCCCAUACACAUCCACAGACAAUGAAUCUCAAAUGCAGACCAUUGACACUUGCCAAGCCAUGUUCUUGCCUGUUGGAGCCUCCGCAUCUCUGCUUAUCAUGUUUCUCUUUUUCGAUUCCCUCCAGAUGAUUUUUGCCAUUUUUACUGCAAUCCUUGCCACUGUGGCAUUUGCUUUCCUGCUGCUGCCAAUGUGCCAGUACAUGAUUCAGCCAUGUGCUGGGGCCCAAAAGAUCUCAUUUGGAAUGUGUGGCCGGUUCACAGCAGCAGAGAUUGUGGCUUUCUGUCUCUCCUUCAUGAUUGUCUGUGUCUGGAUUCUUACGGGCCACUGGCUGCUUAUGGAUGCAUUAGGCAUGGGUCUUUGUGUGGCCUUCAUUGCCUUGGUCCGCUUGCCCAGUCUUAAAGUCUCCACCAUGCUUUUGGUUGGCCUUCUUAUUUAUGAUGUCUUCUGGGUUUUUUUCUCCUCAUAUAUAUUCAGUGCAAAUGUCAUGGUCAAGGUAGCUACAAGGCCUGCAGAAAACCCUGUUGGGCUGUUUGCUAAAAAACUUCAUCUUACUGGGCUUGUCAGAGAUGCUCCAAAACUGUCAUUACCAGCCAAACUUGUAUUUCCCAGUUCACAGAACUCGAGCCAUUUCAACAUGCUGGGACUGGGUGAUAUUGUAAUGCCAGGCCUAUUGUUGUGCUUUGUCCUGCGUUAUGACACCUACAAAAAAUCCCAGCUGACAUCUGUGGAGGCUGGAGUGCCUCCCCCUCCUAACUAUGUGCAGCGGAUCUCCUACUUCCAUUGUUCACUUAUUGGCUAUUUCCUUGGACUGCUCACAGCAACAGUGUCGUCAGAGGUCUUCAAAGCAGCACAACCGGCACUGCUGUAUCUGGUGCCCUUCACGCUUUUGCCUCUCCUAACCAUGGCCUACCUCAAGGGUGAUCUGCGGCGAAUGUGGCAUGAGCCAUUUAUUCAAUCAUCUGCCCCCAAGCAUUUAGAGGUGUAGCUGAGCUGUUGUUGCUGCUGGAUUAUCAAUGAUAUCAAGUGUGAUGAUGGGAGAGAGAUUAUCCCUGUGAGCAAGAAGACAAUGACAGACAGAUUUAACUACAGUGAUCUCUGCUGUCAGGUUUUUGUCAUCUGCCAGGGUAUAUCUCAUUACCUUUUUUCUUGGAAGAACUUCAUUAGGAAUCCUGUCUGUACUGUACUGCAUUGCAGGAAACAAGGGUUCCUUUGGCUUCUGGAUCAAGAAAAAAACUUUAUGUAGGCUACAGUGGACUACAUGUUGUGGCCAGUAUACAAAGGUACUUCCAUCUUCCAAGUUGUGGACUGAAGAGAAUGCAGUGUGACAUUCGAGUGAACAGAUCAUUGCAUCUUUAGAAUGUGAGUGAACAGUGUGUUUCUUGUGUUUGAUAUUGCACCUUUUACUUUUAUUAAGCCAUCUGACAGUUGGGUCAGAAUGAAUUUUUGAUCGGUGCCCAGACAAGAAAAGGAAAACAUAUUGUAGUAAACUUUUGUUACAUUUUGUCAGAAAUUGCCUUUUUUCUUUUAGUAAAGUAAAAGGGAAGGAAAUAUCCAAAUCUAAAAGAUUAAUUCAGUAGGCUGCUCAGUAGCAAUUGGCGUAAUAUUUUAGAAAGCACAAAAAAGCAGCUGUUCAGUCAGAUGAGCUACAUUCUGAAAAUAAUGUAUAUAAUAGAUAUUUACACUACAGUUGUUGCUUGCAGAUGGAUUGUUACACAGACAUUGAUUCUUGAGAUGGCUACACUAUGUCCAUGCAUGCAUAGACACAGACAAAGGUACUUGCUACCUAGAAUACUCUAGCUUUCAGUGAUAAUAUGCCAGACAAGCAGCUUGGCAUGAGUAGGUCCUAUGUAAAGGUUGCUUUGAGCUUUCUUAACUCGAGCACUACUGAGGUACUUGUUUUAACAUAUUUUAUAAAACUUGAUUGCUUCAAUGAUGCCACCAGUACAAUCAUCUGGUGAUGCUUUAUAGGAUAUAAUCUUUCAGACAUCAGAUUUGAGUGAGAAAACAGUUGAAAAAGAAGCAUUAUCUUCCUGUCAAAUAACUUUAUUUCUAGCUUUGUGCUUCCAUGUGUGAUAGGAAUAGCAAGACAGUGUAACUGUGUAUUGCUGUACACAGAGUGUAUUGAGAAAAAUAAGUCUGGGUGGUGAGGUGCAAGGUCCUCUUAUAGACUAAUUCAGAAUGGCAAAUCCUUUCAAAUGACAGUUCAAGCGAAGUCAUUCAGUGCUGACCAGACCUGAUGAGAUUAAUAGAUCCUUUUUUCUGUGAAGAAUCAACUGACUCGACAAGCUGUGAAUGAUGAUGGGGCUUGUAAACUUAACAAACCUUGCAGUGUUGUAUCUGGUGACAGAUGACAGAUUUGGUGACAUUAGCAGGUGGGUGAAUGGCCCUCUAUCAGUCCCAGUGAAUAGCAGUAGACUGGAAAUAAACUGUUAAUCUUUUCCAAUAGUGAGACUGACAAAUGUGACUUAACUUUGUUCUCAAAAACACUACAGUGAAUGGUUCUUAAGUGAAAACAGUGUCAAGCACAAGAGAGAUGUGUGGCUGGUGUGCUCAGAAACUCUAUGUAUUUGGUCCUUCUGUGCUGUAGUAUCCAUCCCAUCCCUACCACAUAUUUUAACUCUCAUUGAAUCCUACAAAACGAACAGGGAUGUGACACAUAGGUGAAUGUGUUAAAUAAUUUUGUUUCAUAAUAAUUUGCAUGGUGUUGGAAAGUAGGGUAAGUGUAUCUAUGUGGAUGCAUGAGUGUGUCUGAGAUGGUGAUAGGUGUGCAUGCAGAAAUGGUGAUGAUAAAUGUGUGUGGGGUUAAAAAGAUCAAGAGCAGUAAUAAAUUGAAAGAGGAUUUGCAGGGCAUGAUGUGCAAGGAAGCAAGUGCUUAGAUCAUGAAAACAUGGAAUGCUUUUUAAAUUCCAUAGGAAAACUUUGUUUUUGAAAAAUUUUAAAUUGUGAUUUUUUUUAUUGUGUGUGUUUUUUUCACUUGAAGUUUAUAUUCCCUUUACAUUUGUUUAUCUGUGACCUCAUAUGUGCUUGUGAAGUGGCGAAGCACACAUCAUGAUUGUGUCAUGUUCAGCUGUCUUUUGCCUGCUAAUGUGUGGAUGCAUGUCUUUUAAGGUAUUUUAACACCCAUGGUUUAAGGAAAUGCAACUAGAAAUUUUGAGUUUAGUUCAUAGAUUUAAAAUUAUUUUUGCUCAUGAUUUUGAGUUGCUAAAAAAUUAUGUCAUGACUGCAUCCUACCUUUGAGCAAGCAGGGUGCAUGCGGGAUUUGGCUUUGUGUGCAAAAAACUGUACACAUUGUACUUCCAGUUCCACUGAAUUCAACAUGAUUACAAUGAUGCAAAAGGAGAUUUGUUUCAUUAUACUGUAGCAUUUUUAUAUUUUUGACACACAUUGAUCAGUGGCAUUAUCUUUGGAAACAAUUGCCAUAUUGAGAUAGGAGUUGCCACAGUUGCACUUCAUGUUCAUAACCUUAUCUUUUGUCUCACCAGCAUCCUUCAAUUUGUUCUGCUCUUUCCUCACUGCACUCUGUUUGACAUCAUAUAGCAUGACUCAGAUCCAGUCUCGUAUUUAAGUCCACCAUAAGGAGACCAAAGGUGAACUAUCAUAAAGUCACGCCAACAAAAUGAGACAGACUUCUUGAACUGGGCAUGGGCUGUUUUAGAAGUGAUUUUAAAAACAACUAUUUUGCAACUGAAUUUGUGAGCAGAAACAAUUCAGAACAUAUUAUCUACUAUUUAACUCCCAGGAUGUUGGUGAUUUACUGCUUGGUUUUCAUCACUAUGACAUGAAAAUGCAAUGAUUAAAGGCUAUAUGACUGCUGUGGCAUGCAUUAAACCUAAUUUAGGUUUUGGGUGGAGUUGCCCAUUAAAAGAUUUUACAAAUUGAUGCUUCAAAAAUUAUGUCUACACUUCACUGUCAAACUGAAUGUUGGUGGUUUGGCAAACUUUUGCAGAAAAAAUUAUUGUCUUGGUUUUGUAAAGCACUUUGAGUCUGCCUUUAUAGUGGGAAAAGGUGCUAUAAAAUAGAAAUCACAUUAUUAUAAUCAGUGAGCUUAUAUGGUGCAGUUCUCAAACCAAAGCCAGGCUCAUAGCACUUUACUAAAAAAAA